GCUCGGCUUGUGUUUGUGAAGAGCAUCAUCACCAUCAGCACCAGAACCAGCACAGGCAGCGGAUCACGAUGACGGGGAUGGAGGCGCGCUAGAGAGCCCCGAGGGGAGGAUGUGAGACCCACCCCGCGUCCGCAUCGCCGUGGACGAUCUUCCCGAUGGGUUGUGGGGGGAGUCGGGCGGACGCGAUCAUCGAGCCUCGCUACCAUGAAAGCUGGACCAGGGAGACCGAGUCGACGUGGCUCACCAACACCGACGUGGAGACACCUUUGUCGGUAGCAAACAGUAAAGCUCUGGAUGCCAGUCUGAGGGAGAAGAGGAUGGUGAACACGGGGACACAGUGUGGGAAACAGGCCUUGACCACCAACAGCAGCGGCUCCAACCACCAGAGGAGACCCCGACGAUCCCUGAGUGAUCAAUCCACUCUGGAAACCAAAAGAAGGGCUUCAAAAGAGGUCAGUACUCUGCCUAAAGAAGCAGUCUCAGUCACUAUAAGCGCUAGUGGAGAUGAUGAACAUGGAACUCCGUGUGACAAAAGAUGAGGAGACUUCAGAGAGUGUUGGAUCGAGAGUUGAGCGGAUCAGAUCAUGGUGGUUCCAUGUCUUCUCUGUUGAGCAGACAGGAUCUCAGUUAUUGACAGCCCUGCAAGUGUCUCCACCCAAAGAUUCGAGGAUGCUGCAUAAAUGUUGUGCCAUUGCAUGUGUGAAGCAAAGAGUGGACCUCACUCUCCACCGUGCUUUUUGUCAUGCUUACGGUGCUGGUCAGGGAAUGUAUCACUGUGUUCGAGCCAAUACUGACAAUACUACAUCCGGCCGUACCACAUGCACAUGAUAAUCACAAUCUGCACAUCAGACGGUUGCUUUAUGAAGAAUUUGCUUCUAUUCUUUGUGCAACUAAAACUCUUGUGAAUGGUGUCAAGUUAUGAAUGAGGUACGAUCGUCAGGAAGAAUGUAAAUGCAACGCUUUUAUUCAGAUAGGUAAACUGCACACUUAUUCUCAUCCUCUGUUCUUACAAGAGGCAGCACCACAUCAAGAUGACAACACUUCUUGCCAUAUAGUGAUAACAUAAAAACAAAUGGACAGACAGAGACGUGGAGUAGAGCUGUUGUAUCUGACAUCUUGUAAUGACAUCGAGUAUUCCUUUCUUUUUCCGGCCAUUUUCAUGAACUAUAACUAGGAAGAGAUGGAGACUCUGGCAAGAUAACAUGGCAAAAAUCCCCCAGCAGUUGAGCAGUUGAGGGAAAGAAGAAGUGAAUUACAGAUUAAACACUUAAAUUCUGGAUUUAAAAAAUUUGAAUUAGUAAAUGACAAGGGGAUUCAGGAGAAGUUAUAUUAAGUGCAAUUGGUGUGAUUUCAAAGUCAGUUUUAUUGAAAUGAUUAUUUAAAAUAUCUCACUGUGAUUGAGUGCAUCACUAGCUUUAAUGAAUAUAUAAGAAUAAUUAUGAACGGUAUACAUCAUAUGAAGCAUUAAGGGCAUUUGAGAAAAUACAAUACAAAUUGACCUUUAAGUUGUUUUAAAAUGAUUUAACUAGCCACAUCACAUGACGAUGAAAGGGCUUUUGGCAAACACACUGUGAGCCAUAAUAUAAUACGGGCUAAUCUGGAUUCAUUUCAAUUGUAAUCACACAGUAGAAACCUACUGGUCCCAUGGUAAAGUUACUGGACGUGGAUGAGUCUUUUCACUAUGUUGUACAGUAAUAAAAAAAAGUGUUGCCUUUAUAUUUUUGGUGAGUUGUCUGUGGGAACCAGUGACAGUGAUGUUUACCCAAAUAAUGAUUUACAUUUCUAAGAACCUGAAGUGCUGUUUAGAAACACCGGAUCCGAGGGUUUGAAGCUUGAGCGCAGAUGACCGUAAAUUAAAGCCUUUGCAAAACACAGUAACGAACACACCCGCAUGUGCCUAUAACUCUUCCUCAUUUUGACUACUCAUGUGUUCACUUUGAUUCUCCUUUAUUUUUUUAUUUUAAAUAUCUUAUUCUCCUGUGUUUGAUGAAGAGCUUUGUUUUUUUGUGUGUGUGGUUUAUGUUGACAUGCAUGUAGACUCGACAUAUAAUUAAGUCAGUGAGAAUUAUGUUGUAACACAUGUACAAUUGAAAAUACAAAACACGCCAAUGUGGAUGCUUGCGGUGGUGAGAUGUGUGACCAGCAGAGAGAGCCCUUGGUUCGGCUUUCCUGAUGACCAUUGUUGCGUUACAGUAUUGACCACAGCCUUUCAGAAUGUGCAACUAGUUUUGAGUUGAGCGAAGUAUGACUGCUGGUAUGUACGUUUGUAACGGGGCAUUUACCACUCCUGAUCGAUAUUAUACAUUUAUUUGUCUUUGUAAUAAAAAUUGU